UUCUCCGGGAACACAGAGCUCUUUGGAAGCCAAGAUUUCCACAAUGAAGAUCUUUCUGGCUUUCUUUGUUGCAAUGGGCAUCAUUGUGACCCUGGGUGAUGCAGACUGCUUUACUGCACUUCGAAAGCCUGGAUGGCCCCAAAAAGGCUGUAUGAUGAAUGGAAAACUGUAUCCCCUUGGACACAUUGAGAGGACAGAAUUUUGUUACAAAUGUGACUGUGAGAAAGAUGGAAUGAGAUGCUGUUCCCUUUUUUUUACACCUUCUCAUUACGAUGGAGAAAAUUGUAAAAUCAUUUUCAACAGAAAGCGCUGUGACUAUGAUGUGCUGCAGAAGGACGGCACUUCCAAGGUGUGUUCUUUCAUUGCUAGUGUGGGCUAACAUCUGCUCCAAGCCUCUCUGCUCUGUGGAAUUCCUCUCCUUUCCACAGAUACUGUGCCAUCACA